CUCUCUCUCUCUCUCUCACACACACACGGAAGAGCCACCGUGUACUUGUUCCCCGCGAAUCGGUUCUCCGUGGUUUUUUUGGGAUACCACGCGCACACACACGCAUACACAGACACGCACGCACACACACAGAGACACGGGCGCGCGUCAUGGCGCACGUCGCGCACCUGUUCGUCGCGCUGGCGUGGAUUAUUUCGGUGCACGGAUCUUUCUGCAGCGGCGGUGCUGGCGUUGGUGUCGGCGUGUUGAACCGGAGGCACGAGCAUCACCGCCUCCACGCUGAGGGUCCGGAGGAGGAGGAGGACCAGACCCGAGCAGCACCGCGGAGGCUCGCGAGGUCGCCGAAAGUGGCGUCUCUCCUGAGCAGCUCAUUCGUGCUGAAAGGUGAUGCCGCGCACAACCAGGCUAUGGUUCACUGGACGGGCGAGAACAGCAGCGUCAUCCUCAUCCUGACUAGGUAUUACCAUGCUGAUUCCAGCAAAGUGCUCGAGAGCUCCCUCUGGAGGUCCAGUGAUUAUGGAACCACAUACAGUAAACUCAACCUGAUGCCCGGAACCACCAUCAUAGUCACCAAUUUCUACAUCUGCCCGAGUAAUAAGAGGAAGGUGAUCCUGAUCAGCUCCACCAUUGAUGAACAGGACCAGAUGCUCUUCAUCAGCACAGACGAAGGAGCUUCGUUUCAGAGACAGCCCCUUUCCUUCACCGUGGAGACGCUCCUGUUCCACCCGUCGGAUGAGGACAAACUGCUGGCUUACAGCAAAGAGGCCACGGUCUAUGUGUCUACUGAUUUGGGGAGGAAAUGGACACUGCUGCAGGAACGAGUGACUAAAGACAGAGUUUUCUGGUCUGUUACUGGGGUGGACAUGGACCCUGAUUUGGUUCAUAUGGAGAUACAAGACACAAGUGGAGGAUACCUGUACGUGACGUGUCUGAUACAGAACUGCUCGGAUAAGAUGGUGACGGCUCAGUUUCUGGGCAAAAUCGACCACAAUUCUCUCUCGGUGCAGAACGACUAUGUGUUUGUGAAGGUUACCAUGUCUAAUCGUACAAAGUGCUAUGUGUCUUAUCGGAGGAACGAGUUUGUGCAGAUGCGCUUGCCCAAGUUUGCCCUGCCAAAGGAUGUGCAGAUUGUAAGCACGGAUGAGAACCAGGUGCUGCUGGCCUUGCAGGAAUGGUACCAGACGGACACGUAUAACCUGUACGCUUCGGACCAGCAGGGUGUUUAUUACUCCAUCUUGUUGGAGAACGUGCGCAGCACCAAGCAGCCCGAGGAGAACGUCAUCAUCGACGUCCUGGAGGUCCGUGGAAUCAAAGGAGUCUUCUUAGCCAAUCAGAAAGUAGACGGCAAAGUCAGGACACUCAUCACAUACAAUAAUGGACGGGAUUGGCAUCCGUUGGCUCCGCCCACUGUUGACAUGAACGGCAAAGCGGUGAACUGCAAAGAGCCAGACUGUCACCUUCACCUCCACCUGAGAUGGGCCGAUAACCCGUACGUAUCUGGGACGGUCCACACGAAAGACUCCGCCCCCGGCCUCAUCAUGGGUGCAGGCAAUCUUGGCUCUCAGUUGGUUGAAUAUAAAGAAGAGAUGUACAUCACCAAUGACUGUGGGAAGACCUGGAGACAGGUGUUCGAAGAGGAGCAUCAUAUCCUGUAUCUGGAUCACGGUGGCGUCAUCGUGGCCAUCAAAGACACGUCCAUCCCGUUAAAGAUCCUCAAGUUCAGUGUUGAUGAAGGACGUACGUGGAGCAUUCACAAUUUCACCAGCACGUCGGUGUUUGUAGACGGCUUGCUGAGCGAACCCGGCGAUGAGACCCUGGUUAUGACUGUGUUUGGUCACAUUAGCUAUCGUUCAGACUGGGAGCUGGUGAAGGUGGACUUCCGCCAGUCAUUCCCUCAGCUGUGUAGCGAGGACGACUACGACUCAUGGAAACUCACUAACCUGCAGGGAGAGCAUUGCAUCAUGGGACAGGAGCGAGCGUACAGAAGAAGGAAGGAGUCGUCUCUGUGCAUUAAAGGGAAGAGCUUCACGUCUGCGCUGACGGCUAAACCCUGUCAGUGCUCGGAGAAAGACUUCAGCUGUGAUUAUGGAUUCGAGCGCAGCCUGAAAGCGGAAGGUGAUCGCUGUUACCACGACUUUUGGCACGAUCCUGAAGUUCCACCCGAAAACUGCCAUUUGGGACAAACCUUCAAGAUCAGCACGGGCUAUCGUAAGCUCACCUCAAACGCCUGUGAUGGCGGGAUAAAUAAAGAGGAGAGCGGGAAGCAGCACGCCUGCCCUCUGAUGCCCCCCAGAGGCCUACAACUGCGCAUCAAGGGGCAGAUGCUUACUGUAGCACCUGGUGAUGACAUCACCUUCAUCGUCCAUCAGGAGCAGGGUGAUACAAGCAGUACCCGGUACCAGGUGGACCUUUCUGACGGCGUUCGUGCUGUUUAUCAGAACUUAACGGUGACAGAUGAACCGAUUCAGCACCGUUACGAGAAGCCGGGGAUUUAUCGUGUCAGUGUGAAGGCGGAGAACGCAGCCGGUGGCGAUCAGGCCGUGCUGUACAUCCGGGUCACACAACCUCUACAGGAAGUCCACUUGGAAGUGGUGCCCAUCGCAGGAAGGAAACAGGAAGUAAACCUGACUGCUGUGCUGCUUCCUGGGGACUCGAACUUCACCGUCUUCUACUGGUGGAUCGGAGAGGAGCUUCAGCCGAGGCUGACGCUGGAGAACAGCAUCCUCACCAGCUUCUCUGAUGAAGGUCAGAUCUCCGUCACCGUCCAGGCAUCUAAUGGACGCUCCACGGUGCAGGACAGCAAAACCGUACGUGUUUACGAUCAUUUCCAGGUCAUUCCGCUUGGAUUCAGUCCGAACUUGGAUCGCUUCAACCCCAACAUCCCAGAGUGGAGAGAGGACGUGGGACACGUGGUCACCAAAAUGCUGGCCAAGAUCACUGGACUUCCUCAGGAAUCGAUGGUUGCCAUGGUGAAGCCUGGGCUGCCGACCAGAGCGGACUUAUAUGUGUUGCCCACAGAGGACACACCCACCACGAGGAGCGGGUUUGCCAAUAAGCGUGUGUCCACCAUAAAGCAGGCACUAAGAGAGAGUAAUGUCAGCUUCGUGGUCCGUGGUGGACUGAGAGUGCUGGUGACUCUAACAGAUCUUGACGCAGACUCUCGGAUCGGUGCUGCCAGUCCCGGGUUCUGGGCUUUGGCUGGCAUUCUUCUCAUCACCUUCAUCAGUACAGGACUCUUCCUCCUCUACAAGUUUAAAAGGAAGAUGCCGGGACGUAACGUCUACGCACAGAUGCACAACGAAAAGGAGCAGGAAAUGACCAGCCCUGUCAAUCACAGCGACGACACACAACACAUCAUCCAGGGGGAGGAGUUUAUCGACGAUGACCUCGACUCACAGACUCUGGGUAAUGGACGAGGCAACCACUCAGGAGUUGUGCUCAGCAUCACAUCGAGGGAACUGCACGGAUACCUGAGUAGCUGAUGAUCUUUAGCUCCGCCCACCAGAACGGAGGCUGCCUUUAACUCCACACACCUGAAUGGACAACGCCUUUUAGGCCACACCCACAUGUGACCCUAACACGCCCAGACAGGAGGAACAGUGAAACUGCACAUAUUAAUCAUCAGCACAGCAAAACCUCUCUAACCAUCUCUCUCUCUAUUUCACACACACACAUAACACACACACACACACACACACACACAACACACACACGCACGGCUUUCCCCCUCUAUUCAUCCGUUUAUUAAAUGCUCAAGAGAAUUGACACACACACACACACUUUAUUCUUCUCUCUUUCCUUCCUGUCUCUUGGGAUGAUGGGACAUCUUCAGCACUUUCACUUUCACUGAUGCCCAGGGACCAUUUUUACUUCCUGUCAUGUGACUGGUCGAUGCACUCUGAUUGGCCGUCUCAGAGAGAAUAUAGAGGUCACGUUUUUUUUUAGAUGUCUGUGGUGGUAAUUGUGGUGUGAUAUUUUACCUGUUUCUUUAUAAAGUCUCAUACAUUUUGUUCUUUCUUCCAUCGUUUCCUCAUUUGUUUGAGUUGAUGUACUGUAGAGCUCUUUUCUUUCUCUCAGGCCUGAGCGAGUGGUGCUGCUGUGGUCUGAAUCCAUGAGUUAUGUUAUUUUUUAAGAUUGGCGGUGAAGAUGUGGUUAGAGUUUGUGGAAAUGACCAAGAUGAGCAUGGAAUUCAGGAGUAGCCAUGUUUAUCCAUACAGCCAAAGGGACAAGAAUUCCCUAUCUGUAAUUUCUCUUUUUUUUUUCAUCCACAUUCUCAGCUUCUGAUGCAAUAAGAAAUCACAGGAUUCUGUCCUCUACUGAGUCAAAAAGAAAUAGAAAGAUCUUCCUCACUUACUGUGUGAAAUUCAGGAGAAACACAGCAGGGUUUUUCUGGGAAUUAUUAAAAAAUAUGGAUGGCAGGAUGACGGACGGAGACUAAAGCCAAAAGUCCUCACAAGACUUUGUUUGUUUGUUUGUUUGUUUGUUUCUUUUGCUUUACAAUGCUAAAGCAAAAAUCCCCCAAUGCAUUUGUUUGUUUGUUUUGCUUUACACUGCUAAAGCAAAAAUCCCCCAAUACAUUUGUUUGUUUGUUUUGCUUUACAAUGCUAAUUGUAAACAAUGCUAAUGCUAGUUUUGCUUUACAUUAGUUUGUUUGUUUGUUUGUUUUACUUUACAACACUGCAACACAAAGCCCUAAUACAUUUGUUCGCUUGUAUGUUUGUUUGUUUGUUUGUUUUACUCUACAACACUACAACAAAAAGCCAAGAUAUUUAUUUGUUUGUUUGUUUGUUUGUUUUGCUUUAUAAUUCUAUAGCAAAAAGCCACUAAGCCACUUUGUUUAUUUGUUUGUUUACCUUUACAUCACUGUAACAGAAGCUCUCCGAAGACAUUUGUUUGUUUGUCUUGCUUUACAAUACUAUAAAAAUGCCCUUGCCA